AUGAACCUACCAACAGACCUUCUGCAAAUGUUUUCGUAUCUGCACGGCUAUAUGAGACUUGCUGCAGGCAAGACGUCACUCUGGCGUCUUUGGGGUAAGCUCAUAUCGAGAUUCUACGGCGAUGACGAAGCGGGUAAACAUCUCUGCCCCGACAUGUGCUUCAUGUCAUACCGCGUCGGCCAGCUUAUCGCAGCCCCUGGCUUCGUGCUGCUUCCGCGGCUGCUACGAGAAUAA